AACCACUAAAAAAGUGGCAUAGUGAUUUUGCUCAUUCAUCUGUAAUUCUUCAGGUCUGUAAGUACACCCCGAUGGUUGGAAGACAGACUCUCGCAAUGCACAGCGGUCAGUGCUCCGGGACGGUGAUGGAUGACAGCCCUCCAUCCAGCCCAAGUUCCAGUCCCAGUCCGGAUGGCCGUCGUCGGGAUCUCCAGCGGGCCAGGGCGCUUCAGGCCGGCGGGCUCGGUGGCAGAGGACGCCCGGCGGCGGCUAACGCAGCUCGGGAGAGGAGUAGAGUUCAAACUCUGAGAAACGCGUUCCUGGAGCUACAAAGGACUUUGCCGUCCGUUCCGCCGGACACCAAGCUGUCCAAACUCGACGUGUUGAUACUGGCCACCACCUACAUUGCCCAUUUGACUCGAACACUACAAGAGGAAGGUGCGGAGGAGGGAGAGAGCACAAAACAAACAGAUGCGUUACACUCAUUAAAAGGUGAUGGCUACCUGCACCCAGUCAAGAAAUGGCCAAUGCGGUCCAGACUGUACGUCGGAGCUUCGGGCCAGUUCCUGAACACCACACAUCCUUCAGACUCAGAGAAUCAAGGCCCAUCAUCGUCCAAAUCCAAGGACAAGGCUUGA